AAAAAUAAUUUUCAGGUCUGAAGAGAACCUGCAAGGUCAGAGCUGGAUGUCAAAUUACAUUUUAGAAGUUGAAAUCAGACUUUCAGAUAUUAAGUCACUUCUUUCGCAUGGAUCUUCUAUACUACCAUUUUGGGUGCAUCCAAAAUGGCAGCUGAAACGGAUGGAGGAUGCUAUUAAUGAUAAGAUUUACCAGUUUGCAAAAUCUGUUGCCAUGGAUGAAACUGAUGAAGCACCUAUCUCUUUUGGAGAGAAACUAAAAUCUGAUCAAAGUUUAGGAAGUGAUUCUGAAGCAGAUGGAAAUGGAAGAAAUGCAAAUUCUUCUACUCCUCACAUCUUCCCUGUUUCUACUCAUGCCAGUGCAGUAAGAGCAGUCAAGCUUGACUCAAAUGGUUAAGCUCAACAAAAUGCUGCUUCUAUUUUGUCUCUUGGAUCUCCUGCUGAACAUUUGGAAAGUAGUGCUAGAUUUAGUCAACAGGUUGAUGGAAAUUUUCAUUUAGAUGACACUAACAAGAAUGGAUCAUAUCCUGGAGAGGAUGUUGACAUGGAUGUCGAUAUGGAAGUUGAAGACUUAAUCCCUGCAAGCAAGACAGUGCCUGAAGAUGUUCCAAGUGCCAGAAACCCAGCUUCCCUGAGGGUUUCUCUCGAGCAAUAUCCACCUGCUGAAGACUCAGGGGUUGCGCCACCUCCAGAAGAUUGGAUUCCCCCACCACAACCAGAUAAUGAUCAGGUUCCUCCACCUCCCCCUGAUGAUGAACAGGUUUCUCCUCCACCACCACCACCUGAUGAGCAUCCUGAAUCACAUCCUCCACCUCCAUCUUAUAUGGAGUCUGGACAACCUGUCUCUUGCACAGAACAGUAUAACAUAUCAUAUCCAAAUUCCGCUUAUCAGUAUUAUGGGCAUGGGGUUACUGAAGUCCCAGUUAGUAAUUUGUAUGGACUUGUUGAUGGAAGCCAAGUUGUUGUGCCCCAAGUGUACUAUGAAGCAGUGCCAAAUGGUUAUUCUGAAGUUGUUCUACCGGUCAUGGUUAACCCUGCUGAUCCUGCAAUAUUUUAUGGCCUUCAAGGCCAACAAGUGCCUUCUUUGCUCGCAGAUAGCACUGCAGAAUCUUCUCAUUUACACAGCAAAUCUGAUCCUAUGACCUACAGUACUGUUGCUUCAAAUGAUAGUGGAUCUAUUGUUGCUGCUGCUAAAGGAGUCACUGCAAAGAAAGAUGUUUCCACUGUUGGUGAGAUGACUGAAAUUGUGUCAGUUGGGGUCUCUUCUAGUUCAGCAACUAUUGAAGCUCCUGCAACUAUUUCGGAAAAAGAAAGUGUUUCUGCAGCCACUUGUUUUUCAACAACUUCAAAGUUACAAUCUAAAGCAUUGCGAUCUAAAAAGCGGACGGUUGCUGUUGGAUCCUCCUUGAGGUCUAGUAAGAAGGUCUCUAUUUUGGUGGACAAGUGGAAAGCUGCCAAAGAAGAGCUGAAUGAGGUUGAAGAAGACAAGCCUGCAAAUGCUUAUGAAAUCUUAGAGAUGAAGCGACAACGGGAAAUAGAGGAAUGGCGUGCUCAGCAAAUUGCUAGUGGAGAGGUGAAAGAUAAUGCAAAUUUUCAGCCAUUGGGUGGCGAUUGGCGUGAAAAGGUAAAGCGCAGAAGAGCUGAGAAGGCCAAAGAAUUUGCAGAGACUUCAGCGGAGGUCCUUCCUGAAGGCAACCAGGCUGAUUUGGCUGAACUUUCAAAGAACCUCCCCUCUGGAUGGCAGGCUUAUUGGGAUGAAACUUCAAAGCAGGUCUAUUAUGGAAAUGUCUUGACCUCGGAGACAACCUGGACCAGACCUACAAAAUGAUCGGUUUCCUGCCAUUCUCUUGUUGAGUUCUGUCAUUCUCAACUCCACAAUUUUCCCCAAGUCCGUAGUUAAUUUUUCCAACUCUAUAUUUUGUCAGGAAUGUAUCAGGUGUUAGGAAUUUGCCAAGCCAAAAGAAGAGAAUAGAAAAUCUUUCAGCUGUUGUAGUCAUUUUCAGAUCCUUCACCAUUUGUUAACGGAAGUUAAUUAGAUCCCGGAAUUCCCCAAAAUUCUCUUUUUU